CGCCCCCCCCGAGAUAAUUAGCGUUAUACUAGUACUUCUUUGCUUGUACCACACGAACCGUUCUGCUGAAAUGUAAACAAAUACAAGAGCUAGCGUCCUUUAUAAACCUCGAUUACGCCUACUUGAGGAGGAGAGUUCGUGUGAAAAUGCAAAAUGUGUUUUUAAGGUGGUAAAUUGUGCAACGCGUUUGAUGAGGGUAUUUGGAACUAGAAAUACGUCAUUAGUUUUGGUAGUACUGUAUUAGUUUGAAUUGUGUUUUGAAAACACAUUGUGUAAUAAUACUAUUUAAUGGAUCAGUGGACUGAAGGUAACUCCUCAGAACUCAGGAUGCCUGAGGAAAUACGCUCCGAAGUAGAUGAUGAAGUUCGCAUAAUUCUCCCAUCUUCAAAUUAUAAGGAACUUCAACAACAUCAGAACAAUCCCAUGAAAUUCAUUGUGGCAAGGAGUGCAAGAUUGUGCACACCAUUGGCAAGAACCUGGAGCACCUUGCAGACUGCAUCAAGGAUUCCUCAUGGAAUAGUAAUAUCUGGUGAAGCAUCAGAAUCUGAUGAAGAAAUUGAUACUCAUCACACUUUACCUCAGUCAGGUAGUGACUUUUCUAUCAAUGAUUCUUGGGACAGAAGUUCUGCAGAACCAGUAGAAAAAGAUGCAUCUAGAGAAGGUUCUGCAGCAUUGUAUAACACAUUGCUGCACAAGAAGCUUAGAGAAAAAAAUCAAACACUUCGGAGAAACAUUGUGGAAUUAGUUACGCAGCCAUAUGAAUCUGCUUCAAAAGAAAUUCACAAUAUCUCACAGCAGCUUAUUAAAUCUCAGCUCUUAGUUCAAGAACUUAGAAAUACAAUACGAAGACUUACUAAUGAUUUAUUUGAUAUGGAAGAUAAGAUGGAGGCACUGAGAACAGGAUCAUUCCUACCUGAUAUCUAUGAACCUCAAUCCUCUGAUUGACUAUGUGUAGAAAAUUGCAUUUUUAAAGCCAAGAUUGUGAUUAAUCUGAUAAUGUCAUAGAUUUUAAGAAAGAAAUGAUUCUGGUGUACUUGCUUGAAAAUAUUUGUUUAUUUGUUGUGAUGCAUUUUUUAUAAAUAUUGAAUAAAUUAUUAGUGUUAUAUUU